UUAUUGCUAGGCUUUGUAGGAGACAAACAGGGUGAAGUAAGACAAGCAGCAGCCUAUGGUUGUGGUGUUUUGGGACAGUUUGCAGGGCCUGCAUUUGCUGCAGUUUGUGCACAGGCUAUUCCCCUAUUAGUUCAGGUUAUCCAGAGUCCAGAUGCAAGAAGUGAAGUCAACCUUAACCCUACUGAAAAUGCAAUUGCUGCAGUUACCAAGAUCCUAAAGUAUAAUAAUUCAGCUGUAAAUGUUGAUGAGGUGAUCCCAGUAUGGCUUUCCUGGUUACCAGUCUGGGAAGACACAGAUGAAGCCCCACAUGUAUAUGGGUAUUUGUGUGAUCUUAUUGACGGCAACCAUCCACUUGUCUUGGGACCAAACAACUCCAACUUGCCACGUCUCAUGCUCAUCUUCUCUGAGGCUUUCAGGAGAGAAGCUGUAGAAAAGGAGGCAGAAGUUACGCAACGCAUGCUCAACAUCGUCCGACAGUUACAAGCAAAUCCUGAAGUGUUCCAAGCCUGUAUUAGCCAAUUAUCACAGGAACAACAGUUGGCACUUCAUAAAUACCUCACAACCUAGUUCUACAGUGUGCACAUAGGCCUUUUAAUUGUUUAGCUUUUGUUCCAGUUAUAAAUAUAUAAUCAACUGAUUGUUAUCACGAGUUGGGAAAGUAAUAUGCCGUGUGCGCUUGUGCGAGUGACUGCAUGUACGCUUGUUUGUGUGCCAGUGUGAAUGGUUGAAAUAUUCUAAGCACAUGAUGCAUCUCAAACAGAAGCAGCCAUUGUGUCAACAGUUUCCAAAAGUAACUUGAAAGAAAGAAAAAUACUUUAUUGCAUCAAUACGUCCGUUUGUGUUCAAGCUCAGUUGCUGUGAGCUGCCACAAAUAGCCCUCGAGAGGUGGUUGACUGACUUUCAGGGCUAAAGUAAGUUAUUGAUAAGCUGUUAUGUGAUCUUAGUGCAAGAGGUAAGGUUUAAAUGACUUCAAUUUUUUUUUAUUUUUUUUUAUUUUUUACUAUUGUUAUUUGAUAGUGAUAUUAAGCAAAGGUCCUAAAUAUGACUAGAUCAGAACUGUUCAUAAGCAUAAUUUUCUCUUAUGUCCAUCUUAGAUCUCUAGAUGUUACAAGAAGAUAUGUUUGCUCCAAUAUUACUUUCCUAUCAUACACUUCAUGUAUAAAUAUCAUGUGCAUAUUUAUAGUUAAAUAAAUUUUCCUAAUAGCCUUAAUGUUAUUACUUUAUUUUAAUUUUUUUAAUUUUUUGAGAACAUUCUAUAGGGGAACACUUUAUAAAGGUACAGUCUCCCAGCAUUUUAUUAGAUUUAUUUAUCACAAAUUUAUAAUGCUUAGACUAUUUCCAUUCCGAGAUCAGGGCUUACUUUGUUCAUUGAAAGAUCCGAGACAAAGAACCCCAGGACAAGUGUAGUCGAGAGUUGUACCACUUCAUGCUUUUCUGUUAGGUCGAAAGUCAAUAUUCAUUGUGAAAGUGGUACUGAGUCUAGCUUUUGGAGGCUCUCUUUAUUAUUGUUAUUUAAUUAAUAUAUUUAUUCAUAUACAUGAUCUUCAUUGCGGUCUGUACAUCGGUUGGAAGGAAGAAGUGUUAGAUGAAGUGUUCAUUUUUUGUGCCUGGAGUGGAAUUUUUAUUAUUAUUAUCAUUAUUACAGUUAUCAUUAAUUAUUUUUAUUAUACCCCCCUGGUUAGUAUCCCAUGGGACUGGUCCAGCAUCUGCCUCAUGCAUUAGUAUACCCUUUCCCUUCAUACAAGCAACCAUCUUACCCUUGUUAGUUAGACUUUACUCAUUCUGUACUCGCUAUUAUAUAUUCCAUGCAAGUGAAUGUCUGUGAGUGUUAGUGUGCGCGCAUGUAUUUUUGUGUGUUUGUAUAUAUAUAUACAUAUAUACUUUGUGUGUCUUAUUUAUAUGUUUGAUCACAUCCUACGAUUUCUGUAUGCUGUACGACAUGAGUGAAGUGCAGUUGGUGGAUUUGACACCUCUUCCUUUCUGUAAGGGUAAAAAUGCCUUGAUGCAAGUAUAAUAUAGCAUUACUAUUUAAAGUGUACUGUACAGUUAUCUGAUAACUAACAAGGGUAAGCACACAACUCCUUUUUACCAGUCUUGUUUGGCAGUGGUCUACCGGACAAUAUACGGAUAUAUUGAGUGCUCUCUCCUCCACAAAUCUCUCUAUUGUUUUGGCAUACUGGUAAAGUAUGUUGCUGUUAAAUUUUUGGAGAUAUAGUUUGUGAAAGUGGUUGAGUUUAUUCUGCUAAUAAGUGAUGAUUGUUGAUAUUUUUUUGUUUUGUUUUGACUUUUAUUGGUGACAUACUGGCAUUCUGAAACCCAUGGAGCCGUUUGUUUGUAUACAGCUCGACUGCAAAUGGUUUUUAUCACUUUGCAUGAAAUUUAUUGAACUGACCAGUGUUUAUGGAUGCAACAUGGCAGCCAGAUUGUGGAGGGUGGAGCACCUCAGUGAACUCAUCAGUAUAAGUACCAAAGAAAAGCUUGUGGAAUCCUGUAGUUUGGUGUCUCCAGUCUGUAACCUAGACUCUGAAACCCUUCAGUUCGCUUCCUUGGAACACUAUGAAAAGGCAGUUACUUUGUCAGUCCAUUGUGAUUACCCUUGAUAUGCAAGAACAGCUGUUUUGAAGCUUCAACCAACAAUAUACAACAUUUGUUGCUUCCUUUUGGAGCCACAUUCCAGUUGUGAUGGCCAGUGAUAGGUGUGAAAUAAUUACUAUAGUUAUUGGACAUUGUAUCACCUGGUCUUCUUACAUAGCCGUUGUAAUAAGAGAACAUGCUGAAAGUAUGUUUUUUUCCCAUGUACAGUAGUAUUUGGUUAUCGGAAAGGAAUCUGAUAGCCCUGUCAUUGGUCUGACCUUGUAUUCCAUCAGUUGUAACGAGAGCUGAAGUAAUGUUUUAGAUCUUGGUAUUUCAUACCUCUGCAUGUUACCCUGUCUCAGGCCCCAACUUCUGAUGCUGCUCUUCCCUGGUCAUGUGUUGUCGGCCUAUUUUUAUACAUAUCUCGCCUGCUCGCAUCUAGGGGUUUUGUAGAAAGCUUGAGAAGUAGGGAUUCACGCAUCCAUUUUAUUUCACCUGCACCUCCCUCUAGCAGUUUGGGGCCCCAGUCAAUAUUCGAGUUCUGGAUACUUCGAUGCGCCAACGUCGUAGAUGGCACACCGACUUACAUUUUCAUUUUUGUUUUUCUUUGUUUUUAUACAUGAACACCAGGGUAAGUUAGCAUUCACUUGUACUAACGAAACUUGUGUCAUACUGCCAUUGAAAGUAUUGUUAACACCACAUUAUUUCCUCUUUGAAUUGUACGAAUUUUUCCUCUAAUGAGAAUUUGGAAAUGAUUACACUAUAAAGGUCAGUCUUACAUUAAGGCCGUAUGGAAGAUGGUUGUUCCUGAGCAGUUUGUUUUUGUUAAUCUAUCUAAGUUGAUUGGCAGCCAGUCCUUCACAGUCUAGACAGUGAAUGGCGGAAAUGAUCCAAGGUUGGUUAGGUCAUAUACAUUUGACUGGAUUCUGAAACCACGUGACACAAAUCAUGAUUCAAAUAAGACGAACAUUAGCUUCAAGUAACUGUCUUUGGGGAAAUUUGAUUAUGACACGAGCCUGCAAAAGACAGCUGCUAGGUUAGGAGGAGAUAUUGAUGUUUUGAGAGAGACAGUGAUUUAGUGGUUUUUCAGAAUUUGAGCCUUCUCAGUGGGUAGAGGCCUCCUGUACAUAAACCUCCACUCAGUAUCAAUAAAUUGUAUCAUCUGAUGAA